CUGGCUUUAAACAGUGUGAAGCAAAGCAGCUGCGGCUCUAAGAGCAGACCGAGUUUACUGUGCCGGGUCAGAGGCUUUCCAAGGAGCCUUGGGUCAGGUGUGGAAGGUUAGAUAAAACUCCAGAAUAAUAAUCAUGUGAAAGCAAUUGCCUUUGGAGCUGUGGUUGGCCUAUUGUGGCUCUCCCUAGUCUUUAAAUCACUGCCAGGAAGGGAGUACACCUUGGGGAACGUGGAGUUUCAGUUCCUUGGCUUUGCAGAAGUGGUGCAGAGUAUGCAAAGCUUUUUCACCAGCUCCAGCUGAAAGGGCAGGGAGGCGGCCGGCGGGAGCAGCUCCGUGCCGAUGCUGCUGCCGGCCUGGGAGCUGUGUCUCUACGGGCUGCUGACCGUGGGCUCCCACCUCUACGCUUUCUACGAGGCGCACCAAGUAUCCCGAAAGUAUGAAGCUGCAAUGGACAGAAGGUUUGGGCUGGACCCAGGGACUCUCUUUCGGGGGCUAAAAAAGGACCCCAUGGACUUUGAGUGGAGCUACUGGGUUGAAUGGGGAAGGGAACGCAUUCUUUGGCUUCUGGCUGGUCACCUGCUGGUAUCACAGAUCUCCAGGCUCUUGGUGGAGAAGUAUAAACCAUGGUGCUUGAUGGCUUAUGGAAUGGCUGCCUGCUGGUUGUUACUGGGAAUCAAAGGCUUUGCUGUCAUUUUGUUACAUGCAGCUAUUUCCUUUGCUGUGGCUCAGUUUCAGCUGUCACUCCUGUCAUGGUUGUGCUCCCUUGUCCUCCUGGCCACUUUACGCAUACCAGCUGUGGAAGAAACCAAGAGAAGGUGGUACGACACUGAAAACGAGUAUUAUCUGCUGCUCUUCACGGUGUCUGUCCGCUGCCUGUUCUGCACCAGCUUCAGCCUGGAGUACUGCUGGCAUGCACCCAGCCAGAAGUCAUCCCACUCCUUCCCCUGGAUGCUGGCUUAUGUGUUUUACUAUCCUACGUUCCACAAUGGACCCCUCGUCAAUUUUGAUGAAUUCAGUAAACAGAUGAGGAGACAAGAAGCUUUCAGUGUGAAGACCAAUCUCAUCAUCUUAAUUGUGGGCAUAAUUCGUAUUUUCUUUUGGUGGUGCCUGGCUGAGCUGAUGAUUCACCUCAUGUAUAUCCAUGCUCUCUACAGUAGUGCUCUGCCUUUGGAAUCUGCAUCUUACUGGGCCUUGGGUGGCCUGGCUUUAGCUCAAGUUCUUUUUUUUUAUGUGAAAUAUCUGGUUCUGUAUGGUGUUCCUGGCCUCCUCCUUCAAAUGGAUGGACUCAAACCUCCAGCUCUGCCUUGCUGUGUGAGCCUGAUGCACAGUUUCACUAAAAUGUGGAGAAGUUUUGACGUUGGCCUGCAUCGCUUUCUGGUCAGGUACAUUUAUGUUCCAAUGGGAGGAUCUCAGUCCAGUUUGCUUGGAACACUGUUCUCUACAGCCCUCACUUUUGCCUUUGUGAGCUACUGGCACGGAGGUCAGAGUUAUUUGUGGUACUGGGGUGCACUUAAUUGGCUUGGAGUAAUUGUGGAGAAUGGCACCAAGAGGAUACUUUCCAUUUCACUUAUUCAAGAUUUAAUUGAACGUUUCUUCUCGCCAAGAUUUCGUCGUCGACUUCAUGCUGUCCUAGCAUCUGUUAGCACUUCAAUGCUGAUUUUAUCAAAUCUAAUAUUUCUUGGAGGAAAUCAAGUUGGAAAAAUCUACUGGAACAGGAUCUUUAUGGAAGGCUGGCCAUGGGCGACACUGACUGUCCUUGGGUUCCUGUACUGCUACGCUCAUGUUGGAAUUGAGUGGGAGCAGAAGUGUGCUGCACACUAGGAACGAUGCAAACCAUUGUUCUUGAGGCAGGUUGAUGGUUUUUCUACACUGGAUAUUCUGUCUGCACAAGGCUGAGCCAGACCAAGUCUUCAGUCCAGGUAUUAAAACCAAGAGUUCAUGUAAUUGAUUCUGGAUUGCAAAUGCAGGAAUUGAACUGCAGAAACACUGAUGGGCUGCAGCAGGGGGUGGGGAGAAAUUAUGAAGCAUUUUGACUUAUGUUAUUUUUGUAAAACAGCAUCUUUGUGACUCUGUGUACAUCAGAAGCGUGCAUCUCAGAACAGGAAUUUUAUAUAUGUUGGGGUUGUUUUCAUGUUUUGCUGCUCAUUUUGAGAUAUGAAGAAAAAAAAAAUUCUACCUUGGAGAAUUCAAAAAGCCCAAUCUCUCACAGAUGGUGUCCAGGGCAUGUAGGGCUGUGCCCUGCACUUACACUACUCCAUGAAGGGCAAGAUGCUCAUCAGUUCUUCCUGACUGCUUUCCAAUAUAAGCUAGAACAUUCUGUAUUCUCACUGACUGGAGUAGUUCUGCCUUAAGCUGCUUUGCCACCUACUGUAGCAAAGCCUACUCUUUCUUUUUAAUGUCUUCUUUUAAAAUUUUGCCUUUAAAAUAGCACCUUUUUGGUAACCUUAGAAAUGGCUUUGUUUCUUAAAAAAGAGUAGGAAGGAAAGUCUUUUCUUAAGGAACAGUUUUCCUUUUUAAUCAAAUAAUCUUAAUCUUUUAAUCUUAAAGCUCCUUGGGCUUUAGAUGCUCUCUGCCUUGUCUUAGAGCUAAAGAAUUAAACACUACCUUUAUUUUGGGGCUAGUACCACCUUCAGACUGUUCAGUCUGCCUCUUGUAUUGUUCUGUUACAAAAGGAGAUAUCUCCAGUCUGCUUUAAUGGUAAAUCUGUUCAGUCUGCUUCAUUCUCUGGUGUCCAAGCAAUCAGCUCCUGCAAUGCAUUGCAGACACCCUGGGAGGAACUUUUUAAGGCCUUUAGAAAAAACCAGAACGGUCCAAUACAGUGGCCUCAGAUUAGCUGGAGCUCCCUGUCCUUUGGCCACACAGACCUGUCACAGCAGCAUCUUUGCCCAAAGAUUGUGCUGAGAGGUGAGAGCAUCCCUCCAGAGCUGGGAAGGUCACACCUGCAGGUGUCCAGCUUGCAGGAGGGCACACACGCUGUUUUCUAAGGAGAGACCCUUCCCCUGACUGAUACUAUGGGUGUCUCCUACACUGUUCUGUUUUAAACUGAUACUGAAGAGCAGCCAGAAGACCUUUAGUCUUUCUAAAGUUAGACAUUCCCCCUAGGCAUGGUCAAAAGGCCACAAGUUCUGGAGUAGACUUCUUCCAAAAGCAGCUUCCUCCACCCAAAGCAUGUCAAAACUUGUUCCAUGCCCCUGGCAGACAUUUCAGCCUGUUGGGAAUUAGUGUCCUACUGUCCAUCACUCCUGCAGCCUCAGCCAAGUAUGAUAUAAUUUAUCCCUUCAACAAGAAAUUCAGUUCCUGAGACAGGCUUCUGCUUAUUGCCUGCAUUUCUGAUGGCUCUGAUGCUCACAGCUGUGGCAGCCUUCUUGUUCCCCUCCCUUUAUUCCUGAAGAAAUAAGGGCAGAGCCUUCAGCUCUACCCAUCCAGAGAAAAGCCCAUCUCCUGCUGUUUCAACCAGAAGCUCCAGCCUUUUAUGUUGAGUCCCCUAUGUCCCCCACCAUGACAAUGCCAUGAUUUCCCCUGGAAGCCAUUUCUAGGAGGAACCAUGGCCUGGUGAAAAUAACUUACCAUAAAUGCUGCCUGGCCAAGACAUGGCUCUCCUGACUGACUGGAUGGGGAUUCCAGGGAUUCUCUCAGCCACAGAGUGCAUGGCUCUAAGCUCUGAAUUUUCUAAAAGGAUCUGAGAUUGACCUCCAUUUUGGGGCAGCACUGAGCUAAGGGCAAGAACUUUCUCAGACUUUGCUCAAACUUUGUAAUUCAGUAGAAUUAGCAUAAGAGCAAAAAGUAAUGAAUCUGUUCUUCAGUCUUAUUGAUUAGCAUUAUUACAUGAGCUGAGGUGCUACUGAGUGAUUGGAUUCCAAUUUGUAUGCAUGCAAAGCUUCCAGCUCCAAUAUGGAAAUGACCCUGAAGGUCAUCUAGUGCAUGCUUAUUUCUGAACUAAAAUUGUUUUCUAUUUUUUUUUUUGA